AUGGUGGUGUUGAGACAGGGAGAUUAUGUGUGGGUGGAUUCUGGUCUUGGGGUGCCCAUUGGAGCAGAGGUCAAGCUCACGGACACUGGAAAACUCCAGCUAAUUGAUGAUGAAGGAAAGGAGCAGCUGAUCACCAAAAAGAAUGAGGGCACCAUCCGGCCCAUGCACCCCACCUCUGUGAAUGGGGUGGACGACAUGAUCCGGCUAGGGGACUUGAACGAGGCAGGACUGCUCCGUAAUCUCUUUGUUCGACAUAAAGAAGGCAUCAUCUACACCUACACAGGCUCCAUACUGGUGGCUGUCAACCCCUACCAGCUGUUGCCCAUCUACACAAAUGAGCAAGUACAACUCUACACCAACCGCCGGCUGGGUGAACUGCCCCCACACGUCUUUGCCAUCGCCGACAGCUGCUUCUUCAACAUGCGCCGCAACCGCAAGGACCAGUGCUGUGUAAUCAGUGGUGAGUCUGGAGCAGGGAAAACAGAGAGCACCAAGCUGAUGCUACAGUUCUUGGCCUCAGUCAGUGGUCAGCACUCCUGGAUUGAGCAGCAGAUCCUGGAAGCCAACCCCAUCCUGGAAGCCUUUGGCAAUGCGAAGACUGUCCGCAACGAUAACUCAAGUCGCUUCGGGAAGUACAUCGACAUCAACUUCAACAAGGGAGGAGCGAUUGAGGGGGCUCGAAUAGAGCAGUAUCUGUUGGAGAAGUCUCGUGUCUGUCGCCAGGCCCCAGAGGAGAGGAACUACCACAUCUUUUAUUGUAUGUUGAUGGGAAUGUCAGCAGAGCAGAAGAAGAUUCUUUCUUUGGGAAACGCCUCAGAAUACAACUACCUGACCAUGGGCAACUGCACGAGUUGUGAAGGGCGGGAUGACGUUACGGAAUAUGCCCACUUCCGUUCAGCUAUGAAGAUCCUGACAUUCACAGAGAGUGAUUCCUGGGAGAUCUCUAAACUACUGGCUGCUCUCCUUCACCUAGGCAAUGUGGACUUUGAAGCCACCAUCAUGAAUAACUUGGAGAGCUGUGACAUCCUGAUAUCAUCUCAUUUCAACAUGGCUGCAAAGUUACUGGAGGUGAACGCAAAGGCCCUGGAUGAUAGCUUGACGAAGCGCUCAUUCAUGACCAACCGAGAGAGUGUCUCAAAACCACUCAGUUCUGCACAGGCUAUGGAUGGCAGAGAUGCUUUCGUCAAGGCCAUCUAUGGUAAGAUGUUUGUGUGGAUUGUGGAGAAGAUCAACAAGGCCAUUUAUAAGCCCCCUCUAGAGGAUUCCACACAUAUUCGCCAAUCCAUUGGCUUACUGGACAUCUUUGGCUUUGAGAACUUUGCGCACAACAGCUUUGAGCAACUGUGCAUCAACUUCGCCAACGAGCAGCUGCAGCAAUUCUUCGUGAAGCACGUAUUCAAGCUGGAACAGGAAGAGUAUGCCCGAGAGAACAUCGUCUGGGAGCGCGUCAGCUUCAAUGACAACCAGUGUACACUGGAUGUGCUGGCCAGCAAGUCCCUCAAUGUCCUGGCUCUUAUCGAUGAGGAGAGCCACUUUCCCAAGGGUACGGACACCACCAUGUUGAACAAGAUAAAUCAGGUGCAUGGAAAGAGCAACAUUUACAUACCACCCAAAAACAACCAUGACACAAACUUUGGGAUUCAGCAUUUUGCAGGGGUGGUCUACUACGAUGCCAAAGGCUUCUUGGAGAAAAACAGGGAUGCUGUGAGCUUAGAUAUCAUUCAGCUGGUGGAAACAUCGACCAACAAGCUCCUCAAACAGAUCUUCCAAAAUGAUCUUGCCUCAAAUGUGACGAAGCCCUCUGCCAACCCAAAGAUGAUGAUCACCCCCAAAAACUCUCUUCGGCAAGCACCAGAUACCAAGAAGCGCAUGCCCACCUUGAGCAACCAGUUUCGGCAGUCUCUGGACACCCUGAUGAAGACCCUCACCAUCUGCCAGCCCUACUUCAUACGCUGCAUCAAACCCAACGAUUUUAAGAAGCCCAUGCUUUUUGACAGGGAGUUAUGUAUGCGCCAGCUGCGUUAUUCUGGGAUGAUGGAGACCAUUCGAAUCCGUAAAUCAGGGUAUCCCAUUCGCUACUCCUUCAAGGAAUUCCUGGAGCGGUACCGUGCCCUGCUGCAGACCUCUAUCUGUGAUCCCAAAAAUGACCCAGCAGAAAAAUGCUGUGACUUCAUUUGUCAGUCUGUCAUCAGUGGAGAGGGUGACUGGAAAAUUGGCAAGACAAAGAUCUUUCUCAAGGACUUUCAUGACACUAUGCUGGAGCUGGAACGAGACAGAUCAAUCCACGAGAAAGCUGUUCUCAUUCAGAGGGUGCUGCGAGGCUACAAACACAGGAGGAGCUUUCUAAAACAGAAGAUGGCAGCACUGGUUCUACAGAAAUACUGGCGAGGAUACAAAUGCAGGAAACAAUACAGAACUGUCCAGCUGGGCUUUGCCCGCCUGCAAGCCAAAGUGCGUGCACGACAGCUCCAGCAUCACUAUGAGCAGAAGCGUGCAGCUGCCAUUGUACUGCAGACCCAGGUCCGUGGGUACCUGAUGAGGAAGGACUGGAGGCGCAAGAAGGAGGCUGUGAGGCUGUUGCAGGCCCACACCAGGGGAAUGCUGGCCAGGAAUGCUGUCAGGAAGAUGAAGAAAGACGCCUUCCUCUCUGCUCAGGAGCGUAGGGCUGAGGAGCUGGCCACCCGUGAGAGGCAGAGGCGCCUGGAGGAGGUACUCCGGAAGAAGCAGGAAGCUCUCGCCCUCUCAGAUUCCAUCACUGACCAGGAGAUGGUGGACAACAUCUUUGGCUUCUUGCCCAGCAUGGUCGGAGGGCAGGAGGGACAAGCGCCAAUGGGCUUCGAGGACUUAGAGGGCAAGCGGACAGUGUUGGAGGAGGUGGACCUCGAUGAUGCCCCCAUGAUGGAGGACCUCCCAGAGGACUACGAUGACCUUGACGACUACUCCUUCGCAAAGUUUGCCUCCAUGUACUUCCAGGGUUCAGCCACACACACCCACAUCCGCCAGCGUCUGCGCCAGCCACUCCUCUACCAUGAUGAUGAAGGAGACAUUGUGGCAUCUCUCACUGUAUGGUGGAUCAUCCUGAGGUUUAUGGGAGACAUCGCAGAACCAAAGCAACCAGUUCAGGAAAGCGCCCCCUCUGUGGUUGACCAGUCCGUUCAGCAGAACUUAGGCCCUCUCCAGGCUAGACGCCUCAGCCACGUGGUCGGCCUUGAUCAGAAAUUGCUGAGGAAUAGAAAAAACAGAAAAGCCUCCACGGUUCCAGAGGAAGUGGUGCAAAACAGAAAGCUGUCCUCAAUCUCAGAGUUGGUGACAAAGAAGAGAAAGCCUUCUACGAUCCCAGAAGAGGUUGUGCUAAACAGGAAAGGUUCUGCAGUUCCAGCAGAAGUGGGGCGGAACAGGAAGCUUUCCUCAAUCUCAGAGCUAGUGCCAUGGAAAAGAAAACCUUCCACAAUCCCAGAAGAGAUAUCAGCAAAUGGGAAACCUUCCACUAUUCCCGAAACAGUGACACAGAAAAGGAAACCCUCCACAAUCCCAGAGGAGGUGAGAGACGAACCGGAUUCUCCACAGCCCAAAAUGCAGGCUGUGAAGGAGGAAAGUGCUCUACUGAAUGAGGGAGGUUCCUCCUUGGAUCGGCCACUGACCUCCAUGGAAAAACUUCACAUCAUUGUGGGAUACGCCAUAGUCAGACGUGAUCUUCGGGAUGAGAUAUACUGUCAGAUCUGCAAGCAGCUUGUGGAGAAUAAGAACCGUGGCAGUUACAUUCGUGGCUGGAUCCUUCUGUCCCUCUGUCUUGGCAUCUUUCCUCCAAGCGAGCGUUUCAUCAAAUAUCUGCAAAACUUCAUCCGCACAGGGCCUGUCGGCUAUGCCCCCUACUGCGCAGAGAGGCUGCGCCGCACUGUGGCCAACGGAGUGCGUGGGGAGCCUCCAAGCUGGCUAGAGCUGCAGGCCACUAAGACAAAGAAGCCAAUGGUGGUGUCGGUGACCCUGAUGGACGGCCGCACCAUUAGCAUCCCUGUGGAUUCGGCCUCCACCUCGGGGGAAGUCUGCAAUGUCCUUGCCCAGAAGAUCAAGCUCAAAGACACCUUUGGCUUCUCACUCUACGUCGCAUUGUAUGAUAAGGUGUGGGCACUGGGCAGUGGCAGGGAACAUUUGAUGGAUCCCAUCUCGCAGUGCGAGCAGGAGGUGAAGAGGAAGGGUGGGCAGGAGCAGCAUGCGCCAUGGCGGCUUUACUUCCGCAAGGAGAUCUUCACGCCCUGGCACAAUUGCGCGCAGGACCCGGUCAGCACUGACCUCAUCUAUAGGCAGAUCAUCCGUGGGCUCAAAUUUGGGGAAUACCAGUGUGAAAAGGAGGAUGACAUUGUCGAUCUGGCAGCUAAACACUUCUAUGUCCAGUAUGGGUCAGAUAGUGGAGGUGAAAAUGCAAAGAACGUGGUUCAAGACUGCAUCAAAACCUCUCUGCUGGAGGCAAAAUCUGAGGCCAAGUGGGUGCAGAUGGUUAGCACAGCGCAUCUGGAGAGUCCGUACAUAAAUUCAAGGAAGAAAUCUGCUGUUGUCAAGGCAGAAGUGGUUGAUUUUGCUCGCAAAACAUGGCCAAUGUUUUUCUCCAGGUUUUUUGAAGUUGUCAAGUUAUCAGGUCCUUCGUUACCCAAAAACAAGUUUAUUGUGGCCGUUAACUGGACUGGAGUCACUUUCCUGGAUGAGAAGGAGAGGAAGUUCUUGGAGCUCUCAUACCCAGAGGUGACUGGAGUCAACACAACAAGGGAUGGGAAGGCCAUUGGGCAGUCUGUCACUCUCUCUACAUUGAAAGGAGACUUCACCCUCAAUGCUGCCAUGGCAGGGGACAUAGCUGAGCUUAUGCACAUGUUUCUAGGUGGACUGAGAGAGCGCUCCCAAUAUGCCGUGGCCUUGCAGGAGGCCAACAGACAAGAUGAUCCCACAUUUCUCAGCUUCAAGAAAGGCGAGCUCAUUCUCAUCAUUAAAGAUGAUGAAUUUUCCCCUGAGCGAGGCUGGAUGAAAGGCAAAAACGACCGGACGGGUCACACUGGAGCGGUCUCCACCGAUGCCAUCCUUGUUCUGCCGACCCUCACCAAGCCCACCAAUGAAGUGCUGAGCCUGCUGAACCUCUCUCCGGAUCAGAGGAAGACCAUCAUACAGACCAGCCAGAGGGAGGUGGGCACAAUGGAGAGGAUGGCACCCUACUCUCUCAAAGAGUUCUCUUUCGAGUACUUCAGGCAGCCCAACAAGGACGUGAACCGGCAGGUGAUCUCCAAGGGUGCUACCCCGGAGAGGCUAUGGGUCAGCUCACGGGAGCCUCUCAAGCAGCCACUGCUCAAGAGACUGGUGGGAAAUACAGAGCUCAGCCACCAGGCCUGCCUGUCUUUCACUGCCAUUCUGAAGUACAUGGGAGACUAUCCCACCAAGCAAGUGCAAAGUCCCCUGGAGCUCACUGACCAGAUCUUUGGCCCUGCCACACAGAAUGAGGCCCUUCGAGAUGAGAUUUACUGCCAGAUCAUGAAGCAGAUGACAAACAAUAACAAAAGGUUCAGCAUGGAGCAGGGCUGGCAGCUGUUGUGGCUGUGCUGUGGCCUCUUCCCUCCCAGCCAGUCACUCCUGAAGCAUGCCAGGCGCUUCCUAGAGACCCGGCGCAAGGAGCCCCUGGCUGCAGACUGCCUGCAGAGGCUGCAGGGGGCCCUCAGGAUGGAGCCCAGGAAGCUGCCUCCUCACCAGGUGGAGCUCAAUGCCAUCCAGCAGAACAGCACCCAGAUCUUCCACAAAGUGCACUUCCCCAAUGACGUAGAAGAGAUCUUUGAGGUGGGAACGAGCACCAGAAUUCGAGACCUCAUUCGGAGCAUUGCUACUAAACUGAUGCUGUUGUCCCCUAAUGGUUUCAGCAUCUUUGUGAAAACUCCUGAUAAGGUUCUCAGUUUGAAUGAAACUGACUACUUCUUUGACAGCCUCAGAGAAAUCACUGACUGGUCAAAGCAAUCAAAGAGAGUCAAAGAUGGAGGGCCAGUGAAUAUGUCAUAUCUAGUGUUCUUCAUGAGGAAGCUCUGGUUCAACGUGUGCCCUGGAAGAGAUCUGACAGCAGACCUCAUUUUCCACUACCCACAGGAGCUGCCCAAGUACUUGCGUGGAUACCACAAGUGUACCAAGGAGGACAUGGUGAACAUAGCAGGACUCCUUUUCAGAGUGAAAGUGGAUGAUGACAAGUCACAGUUUGUCAUGAUCCCGAAGAUACUGAAAGAGCUGGUGCCCAAUGACCAGCUGAAGGCUAUGUCCUCUGAAGAGUGGAAGAAGAACAUCAUCGUCUCGUACAACAAGCAAGCAGGGAAGACUGUGGAGGAGGCCAUGGUGGCAUUCUUGAAGAUCAUCUUCAAAUGGCCCACUUUCGGCUGUGCUUUCUUCGAAGUGAAGCAAACAUCUGAGCCUAAUUUCCCAGAUAUAGUGCGAAUUGCUAUCAGCAAACAAGGAGUCACAAUCAUCCACCCCAAAACAAAAGAUGUCUUGGCCACGCAUCCAUAUAACCGCAUAGCGAACUGGUGUAGUGGAAGUACCUACUUUCACAUGACCAUUGGCAACCUUGUCAAGGGAAACAAGAUUCUGUGUGAGACCUCCCUGGGCUACAAAAUGGAUGACCUUUUGACAUCCUACGUCAACAUGUAUCUCAACGAAAGUAAAGUUGUGCGGACCAGGAACCCACGCUCAACUACCUAAGACAUGCUGGGGAAUGGAGGCAAAAAUGUAUAAUAGAAAGUUGCAUUGAUGUGAUGUUAUUUGUGACACGCGC